AUGAGCACGGCUCAGCUGAAACAGUGGCUUCUCGAUCAAGGUGUGGAUCUCUCCCCUCGAGAGCACAAGCGCGCCUACUACCUCCGGAUGGCUCUUCCGCUGCUCGCUUCCCCCGGCGCCCCCCUCUCCUUCGCGUCUCCGCAGCUUGGUUCACUGAAUACGCUCUUCUCGCCUCCCAUGGGCUCGCCUGACACGCGCGCUCCACUGAACACGCCCUUCGCGCCUCCCAGGGGGUCUGUACAUGGUGAUGCUUUUGCUUCUGCUCGUUCUGGCGAGCCUCUGUCCGCGGUGGACCAGCAGCAGCGGCGUGGGAAGCUGCAGGAGGGGGGGAAGUCGACCCCUUCGACAGCCGGGAGCGCGUGUGCUACCGCAGGGCAUAAGAGAGCUGUUGAAGCAGCAGCAGGAGCAACGGGACGGCGGGAGAGGGAGGACGAAGCAUGCGCUGGUGUGUAUGAUAAAAAGGAGCACAUGUUUCAGCCCGGGGAACAGCAGCAAGAGCAGCAACCGCAGCAGGGAAACCGUCAGCACCAGUGGCGUGUGCAGCAGCAUCAUCAGCGUCAGCAGCAGCAGCAGCAGCAGCAGCACCAACAGAAAGAGGAGGAGUCAGAUACCAUCUCCUACUUCUCUGCUCUCGAUUUCCCCCAUAUCCCUCCUCAUGGACUCACUAGAGGUCUCAAUCCCGACACGGAGCAGCACAGGCGUCAUGUGCGUGGAUCAGCAUGGGCAGGGAGUAAUGGAGGAAAUGGCGAUGGUGGAGAGGCAAGUGCAGGUGUGGGUGCUGCAGGUGGAGAUGGUGGAGAUGGGAAUGUGGAGACGCGCGAUGGUACCUGGGGGUGGUUCUGGGGUAGGACGCAAGGGGGUAGAGUGGUACAUCGCGGAAAAGCCAAGGGCAAGAAGUGA